AUGGAAUUCAACCAAAAUGCCUACAGUGACUUCGACUACCUCAGUCAUUUCGACUACAUCAGUCACUUCAACUACCGAAGUGACUACGACUACCUCAGUGACGUCGACUACCUCAGUGACUUCGACUACCUCAGUCAUUUCGACUACCUCAGUCACUUCGACCACCUCAGUGACUUCGACUACCGAAGUGACUUCGACUACCUCAGUCAUUUCGACUACCUUAGUGACUUCGACUACCUUAGUAACUUUGACUACCUCAGUCAUUUCGACUACCUCAGUCACUUCGACUACCUAAGUGACUUCGACUACCUAAGUGACUUCGACUACCUUAGUCAUUUCGACUACCUCAGUGACUUUCUGGACCAUAAGACAGAUUCUUUAUUGUGA